UACAUUGAAACGUAAAUCAAAUUUAUUUCCUCGUUUUGUUUUUUAUUCAAUAUUAAUUAGAGAAGGAGCGAGAGGAGCGGGGUGUUUGCUAAAUGCAAAAUGAAGUAAUCACCGAAAGCAAACGAGAACUAAAAGAGGAAAAAAAAAAUUUUGAUGACCCCGCCGCCGAUAAUGUCUCGUUAUCACUGUGAGAUCGAGAUGAAUAAUGGAAUUGGCGCAACUUACCGGAGGUUACCAUUGAAUGCUACUGCCCUGCAUUGGCAUCGUCAGCAAUUUGGCUACGAUUUGGCGGUCAAUGAGCAAGUGCGUCGUCGCCUGCAGUGCAAUGCUGCCUACAUAGAUAGGAUUGAGCUGGAGACCCUUCUAACGGGACACGAAGGAUGUGUCAAUUGCUUGGAAUUCACAACAGAUGGCCUGUGGCUGGCCUCGGGAUCGGAUGAUUACAAAGUUAUGAUUUGGGAUCCUUUCAGACGUCGACGAGUCUUUACGUUAAACACUAAACAUUUGGGGAAUAUGUUUUCGGUGAAAUUUCUACCCAAGCAUAAUAAUAAUAUUGUGGCCACUUGUGCAGCCGAUAAAUUUAUCUAUGUCUAUGAUAUCAAUCAUCCGAAUGAAACUUUAUAUUCCUGUAAUUGCCAUUCGAUGCGAGCUAAGAGAUUAGCCACUGCCCCGGACUCGCCAUAUAUAUUUUGGUCAGCGGGCGAAGAUGGUUGCAUAUUGCAAUUGGAUAUGAGGGAAUCUCAUCAAUGUCGUACCGAAGAACGUGCCAAUGGAGUACGUUUAAUAAGUCUAUGGAGUCAGGUGGAGUCCACAACGGAAGCCAAAUGUUUGGCCAUAAAUCCAAGACGUACUGAAUAUUUGGCUGUGGGCGCCAAUGAUGCAUAUGCUCGGAUCUAUGAUCGACGCAAGUUGCCAACAUCUCAGGACACUACAGAUGCCACGGGAGCUGUCACCUACUAUGCUCCUGGUCACAUUGUUAAGAACAAUACGCCGAUUAUUGUCCAUGAUCCCCGGGCUAUAACUUAUCUCACCUUUAAUGAGAAUGGAACCGAAUUGCUGGUCAAUAUGGGAUCUGAACACAUCUAUCGCUAUGAUUUAAAUAAUGCCGGACCACCAGUUUUUUAUAGUCCACCACCAGCACCACCAGUAGCAUCACAAGAGGCGUCGACGGACACAGUGCCGCAGGACCAUCAGUCAUCAGAGACUGGAGGAAAGGGUGAAUCACAUAAAAGCCAUUGGCUGCCAUCCAGCAUCGAGAUGCAUAAAAAACAGGGCAAUGAAUUUCUUCAAAAUGGCAAAUUAAUGGCCGCCAUCGAUGCCUAUUCCUGUGCCUUGGCCAAGUACCCGCAGGGUGAAGUUCUCUAUCUCAAUAGAGCUACUGCUUUGAUGCGGCGGGGCUGGUUCGGUGAUAUCUAUGCAGCUUUGCGGGAUUGCCAUGACGCGUUGCGUCUAGAUCCUUGCUAUGUAAAGGCCCAUUUCCGUUUGGCUCGUGCAUUGCUUGAGCUGCAUCGUCCACAGGAUGCUGAUGAGUGUCUACAGGCGCUAAUACAACGCUUUCCCAGCUUUGCCAACAAUCAUGGCGUGCUGAUGCUGAACAAGGACAUCAAGGAGAAUCGUAGACAAUCGAAUGCCAAAAAUGACCAGGGAGCGAGUAAAUCGGCAUUCGAAUUUCUACCACAGGAUGAAGGAGUUUACCGUAAUCGACAUUUUUCAAAUGCCGAAUUCGCUUUACGUUCGGCCUCCAAGGAUUAUAUGCAACGUUAUUGCGGCCAUUGUAAUAUCACCACAGAUAUUAAAGAAGCCAACUAUCUGGGCAGCAACGGCGAGUUCAUUGUGGCUGGCUCUGACGAUGGCAAUUUCUAUAUCUGGGAGGGAGAUACGGGCAAAAUAUGCUCCGCCUAUCGCGCGGACAGCGCCAUAGUCAAUUGUGUGCAACCUCAUCCUAGCAUAUGUAUGCUAGCCACCAGCGGCAUUGAUCAAGAUAUUAAAAUUUGGUCUCCCUGUGCUCCCAGUCCAUCGGAGAGAUCAAAUCUCAUUGCCGAUAUCACAGGCUUUGUUGAGGAUAAUCAGCAAAAGAUGCGUACCGAUCCAUUUGAUUUAAAUACGCCCAAUGCGUAUUGUUUUAAUAAUUGAAAUGUUUUUAAUAGACAGAGAGAAUAACGAUCUUGAUGAUCGAACUAUAACUACACCUACCAAAUCUGGCAAUAUCAAAAACUAUAUAGUCUAAUUGUAAUGUUAAGAGUGUCGUAAAUUUCAUUUUGUUGAACGUUUCAACGGAAAAUGCGAUGUUAGCGAGCGAUACAAAAUUAAAGCAAGAUUAAGUGAUACCGA